GAGAUGAGCAGCCCAGUGAGAUUCCUUUUAUUGAGUGUGCUCUGCACCGCCCUGGCCUGGGCGCAGGAGACCAGCAGCGAGGCGGGGCCUGGCACGGAAGCGGCUCGAGGGCUGGCCAGCAGCUACGAGCCGGAGGACAAGCAGCAGUCGCUGAGGAAGAACUCGCACAUCUUCAUGGGCAUCUACAAGAACUACAAGAGCACCUAUCUGGGCAACAAGACGACCAGUGAGUACAAGAAGCGACUGAGGGAUCGCGUGAGUGCUUCCCAACUGACCAACAAUGAGGCUGGAGCCGAGGGCCAACAGGAGCAGCUCGAAGCUGCAGAUGUUCUCGCCCAAGAGCUGCGCCAGGAGGCCAAUGCUGAGGCCUUGCUGGAGGCACAAACUGGAACGCCCAUCUACGAUGACAACGAGACGGCGGCGGGCAAGAAGCGACGCAAACGCAAGCGCAAGGAUCGCAACAAGAGGCGCGAGGACACAGGCUCAGCAGAGACAGCAACAGAGAGAGAAAGAGAGACAGAGACGGCGACAGAGCAGCCGGAGCUGCAGUCGGAGAAUGAGACCAUCAAACGGUACUUUGUGGGACCCGGCCUCAAUGUCAGCCUGGACAUGAGCAACGACAUUAUACACGUGAAGCUGGAUGGCGAGAAUCUCAAGGAGAUUAUGGCAGCUCGUUGGAUGAACACGGAUGACAGCGAGGAAGGUCGCGGCAAGAAGUACGAUAUGAUUACCAAAGUGCUGCCCCUCUUCAUACUGCCGUUCCUCAUUCAGUCCGCCAUUGUGCCGUUUCUGGUGACGAAGCUUAAGCUGCUGCUGGUCAAGUCAAUUUUGGUGGGCAAGCUGGCCAUCUUCCUGCUCAUUAUCUCGGCCAUCAAGAACGGCAACAAGAUGGUGCAGAGCUACGAGGUUCCAUCGUACUGGGCGGGCGAGCCGAGCCGAAGGUCCGAGCUGGCAGCUGCCGCCUCCUCAGCUGCGGCCGCCUACAAUGGAUAUCGGGUGGAGGGCAAGCCAGCCGCUUGGAUUAGCUAAAAAGCACCGCUGCACAGUUAGUACAACAAA